AUGAGCAACAGCAUGAUUGAGAACGCAGCGACGUUGAACCUGUCUCUCCGCCUGCGCGGUGGUGGUAAGGUCCACGGCUCGCUGGCACGUGCCGGUAAAGUGAAGGGCCAGACCCCCAAGGUGCCGAAGCAGGAGGACUCGAAGAAGGCGUUGACGGGCCGUGCGAAGAAGCGCUGGCAGUACAACCGCCGCUUUGUGAACGUGGUUGCGGGCAUGGGCGGCAAGAAGUUGGGCCCCAACUCGAACGCCGCGAAGGCGUAA